AUUGUUGCAAUUAAUUAAGUUGUUAUCUAAUUUGAACAACUUCAGUGUUAUCGAUAACGAUUGUACUACUGUAAUCGCUACUCAGAAAAAAUGGCGAUUUCUUAAGACGACAGACGCUUUACCUUUACACAACACAGACAAAAUUUUAACACUAAAAUACUGUUCUAUACCGCAAUUAAACAAAAGAUGCGCGCUGAACUUGGUCCAAACACUUGCCGUGUGUGCUUAGAGCCCAGUCAGCGUUUACAACGGAUUGAUGAAUCCCGCGAGGAGGGUGAGGAGACUCCAAAUGAAAUGCUUAUACAGCUACUGGGCAUUUCUUUUAGUAAGCUAAAUGGCAAAGACCAGAUUCCAGAUGGUAUUUGCAAACCAUGCAAGGUGGAGCUGAACAUGGCAUUCCAGUUUCGUGAGAAGGCCCUGCGCAAGCAAGCAGAAAUUGAAGACUAUUGUCGUGAACUGGGCCUCUUGGACGAAGCUGAAGAUUAUCUUGUUAAGGAAGAGUUUGGCUCCCAGCAUAAUCAACAAGCUGACGAUGAUGAAAUGAACGAAUUUGUGAUGAAUGAAGCACCAAGUCCUGGCCAUGGUGAUGGCGUUGAUGAUCAUGUACAGAGCGAUGAAUUUUUAGAAGUCGAUGGUUCUCAAGAACAACAGGAAGUUAUAACAGAUGAUAUUGAGUAUUUAGAGGGCAACUAUACUAUAGAGAUGAAUCCUGAGCAUGAUGAUGUCGUACUCGAGACUAAAUAUGAUGACACGGUAACACAUAGUGACAUUAAACUGAGGCGUGGUCGUACACGCUUUGGCAUGAAUAUAGUAAAGUCCGAGCAUGAAGAAUUACAGCAUUCUUAUGGACUGGAGCCUGGAGUAGUUGACAUUAAGCCCAGACGUGGGCGGGCACGGACUGGCCUUAACUCGCUCCGAACAUCGGAUGGUACAGAGAAGGGUGGUUAUGUCUGCGAUGUCUGUGGAAAUUUCUAUGAGAAGCGUGGACGCAUGAUGGAACAUCGUCGACGCCACGAUGCUGUUUGCCAGUACCAGUGCGAACUCUGUGAAGCCAAGUUCCAGGUCCGUGAACAGCUGCGCAAACACAUGUAUUCCCACACAGGGAGCAAGCCCUUUAAGUGCAGCUUUUGCAGUCGCCAAUUCUUCUACGAGAGCGUGCUAAAAUCUCAUGAAAAUGUGCAUCGCGGCAUUAAGCCAUAUGUAUGCAAGGUAUGCGACAAGGCCUUCGCAUAUGCACAUUCUCUGACUAAACAUGAGCUAAUACACUCCGACAUCAAACUGUAUCGGUGCGAGUACUGUCAAAAGGAUUUCCGCUUGCUACAUCACAUGCGCCAACACGAGGAGACCAAAUGUCACCAGAAUGCAGUUAUGUUAGCCGAGACAUUAAAGUACGACCGCGAGGAGCAGGACGUUGAGCUGUUGGCUGUGGAUGAAUUAAAAGAUGUCAAGCUGCGAUUAUCACAGCAGCAUAUGCUCUCUUAGAUACAUUUUUAUUACCAGCAUUGAACGCCACAGCGUAUAGAAAGUCCGUGUUAUAUAUUUAAGUAGGUUCUAAAUUUAAUCCCACAAUUAAAAGAUCAUUUAACAAUAUAAAUUUGUUAUAAAUGUACAUUUUUUGAUGAUGUAAAUAAACAUCUUGAAGAAGCACUUUAAA